AUGGGACGAUCUGCCGCUGGGCCAGAACGGGCCAUCAGACCCAGACUGAACACGACCGACGACGGUCUGUACCCACCCACGCCGUCAACGGUUGUGUCCAGUAUCGCGGCCGGGCUGCAAAAUGAUCAAGCUGGGCGCACACCGUCGAAUGGAGCAGUGACGAGAGCAGAGCCCACGCCACAUGCAGCGUCUGUCACGCAUGAAGCCGAGCAUCGACAAGCAAGUCCAAAUGCCUCCGAUCCGCCCUUAGUACCGUAUCACGCCGGAGAAUCCGAAGGUCUCGAUUUCCUGUUUGACGUUUGCCAUCCCAACCGUCCUUUCAAAGGGACAAUCUAUAUCAUCAAUCGACAACGUGCCAACUUCGCCGAUCCAGAAGUCGCGAAUCGGCUCGAAUCGAGGGCGCUGCCGUCACCCGCUGUUUGUCAGGAGCUAGUCCGGCUGUACUUCGACUAUGUGCAUCCCGUCUUGCCGGUUCUGAAUGCUUCGGAUUUCCUGCACUCCUUCAACAAUGGUGUUAAGGGUGUCUCGGCCUUGCUGAUAUGGAGCGUCUUUUUCGCUGCGGCUAGCUUUGUCAAUCCCGCAACACUUCAGGAGACUGGAUUCUCCGGUCGCAAGGCGCUCAGAGAGCAUUUCUAUGCGCAUGCGAAGGCAUUAUACGAUGUGCAGGUCGAGACCGAUAAAACGACGAUAAUCCAGUCGGUGUUGCUUCUCGGUUACUACUAUAUCGACCUGGAAGACCUGGACGGUUCCUGGCACUGGCUUGGUGUUGCCAUUAGCCUAUGCCAUGGCAUCGGACUGCACAGGGACGCUGGCUGGCAGCGACUUCCACGAUCGCCCUUUUCAGCAAGCCAAUAUGCAGUCUGGAGAAGGAUUUGGUGGUGCUGUUACUGCAGAGAAGCAUGGCUUGCGCUUGGUCUUGGACGACCAAUGAGGAUACACGCCGAGGAUAUGGACACCCCGAUGCCGACCAUGGCGGACGUUCUGGAUGAGCUGGAGAAGAUGACGCCUGAUUUGAGGCAUUCUUAUGUGCCAUCGGAAAUGCCGACAUUGGUAGCUCUGUGGAUGACCUUCCUCCAGUUGACCGAGAAAGUGGAGCUCGUCAUCAACACCAAUUAUCGGAUCAGGCGUGCGCCUGUAAGUCUUUCGGUCCUCGAGCAGCUCGACACCGAGAUCUGGCAGUUAUAUCAACAGGUCCACGAGGUCCAAGGCCACCAACAGCCGACAAGGCUUCAGAUCUUGAACACGCAUCUGCUCAAGACAUACUAUAACUCGAUUGUGAUCGCUCUUUUCCGGCCUUAUGUCGUCAGUCAACCAGAAGAAAUGCCAAAGCACGAUCAAGAACGGCUGAGAGUACUUGCCGCGGACCGCUGUCGUACAUCAGCCUCAAACUCGACGUACAGCCUGAAUGAGCUGGUCUCAGCCGACCUCAUCGAUGUCUGUCCGACCAUGCUGUCUAUCUCGAUGAUGUCGACUAUGCAAAUCCACUUUUAUGAGCAUUUCACUCUUGAAGGUUUGUCACGUCAGCAUGCCUUACACAACCUUAAACUUCACCUGAUGGUGACCGAGCACCUUCGCAAGACGUAUUGGGCUGCUGAUAUGCAGCAUAAGCUCUUCACAGAAGCGCUCAAGGCGAUGGAGAAUCCGAAGCAGUGUGUCGCGCCUUCCAAAGACAGGGAACCAAAGUCGGCGUCAACGCAGCCAGAGCAACCGCGACAGGUCGAGUUGCAUGAUGGUAUAGAUGGACACGCUGUGCCUGACUUCGAUCUUACCGACCCGCAUGGGACACUUGGCACGGGCGCUGAAGGUUUGGACGAUUUCUUCGUCACAUUCAACCCGUUCAACAGCUCCUUGACGUCUUUCAAUGAUUGGGUGCUCGGGAACGGGUCUUUGCCAUAA